GCCGGCAUCCAUUUUUGUUUGGUCACAGCCGCUGCAGAUGGACCGCAUUUUAUUUCUGGACCGGCCGCGUUCAAUUCGCUUCUCGACGGAGUCGUUUAUCACUUUGAGCCCGUCCAAAACGGCUGGUGAUCGACGAAAACAAUAACUUUAAAAAAAAAAGGUUUUUAACAACCUUUUAUUAAACCUACUAAUGUCGACGGAGUGAAUACACGAUUUAAACGCCAUCGCGCUUUUAUAUUUUAUAAUACAAAAUCAUGCAGAUCUCGUUCGGUCGCGGGUGACACUGUUUUUACUUGCUUCCGGCAUACUUCCAAAGAAGCGUUUAAGCAAACCUGUUAAAAAUGUUGAUGGACAUGGACUACGACGACACUCCCAACCGGUGCACGACUUUGGUGUAUUACGCCUGGAAGAUAUUCACUUGCCUGUUCUUACACGUGCUUCUGGUCACAAUGGUCGUGCUGUACUGUCUGCUGGGCGCCUUCGCCUUUGAACGUUUGGAAAAAUACCACGAAAUCGAAGUAAAAAAAAGUAUCGCUGUGAUGCGCAGUAAUGUGACAACGGAUUUGUGGACUUUCACCAGAGAAUUAGCCGUACUUCAACAAGAAACGUUUACAGCAAAUGUGACUGAACGUCUUUUAACAUUCGAAAAAGAUCUUAUAUUUGCAAUUCGACGAAGUGGCUGGGAUGGGGAAGAAGAUACUGAAAUAAGACAGUGGACGUUUACCGGCGCUUUGUUUUACUCUAUAAUAGUCAUAACUACAAUAGGUUACGGUCACAUCGCACCGAAAACGCUCAACGGCAAGAUCGUGACCAUAUUCUACGCCAUCGUCGGGAUACCUUUGAUGCUGCUAUGUUUGUCCAAUAUAGGGGACAUAAUGGCACAUUCGUUCAGGUUUCUUUACUGGAAAGUGUGCUGUUACACGUGUACACGACGUCAGAGAAGAGUGCAGUCGUUGAGGAGGUCUCGCAGUCAAAGGUCUACCACAAGAUCUCACGGAUCCCGGCCUACGUCUUUGCGAAGAACCGGACGGAUAUCACAAAGAUCAGCCGACAGUGCCAUAGGGAUGUCCGACUGUUACACCAGGUCAUCGUACUCAGACACGGAGUGCAGAUACUAUGACAAAAUGGAAAGGGAGUUGUCAAUGUUCGGUGGAGUCAUGCCGUCUAGCAAACAGAGACCCAACCGUUACUUGCCACCUCCGAGGUACUGCGACACGGUACCCUUACGCAGGCACUCUCCAGCUAUAAAGCCCAGGUCGACAAGUCAGAAUAGUGGUUCUCGAAGUGCUCCAUAUUACCAAGGCCGGUAUAGAAUGCCAGAACCUUACUACCCCGACGGUGACCAAAUGACCGGAUUAGAAAUGCAACCAGUGCCUGCCAUAUUGUUUAACAAAUACGCACUGGACAGAGACGAAUCUAGAAGAAUUAAUUCCAAACAGAGCGAAGAGAUCCGAAGAAAUAUCCGAGGGCAUUCCGCAGCACCAAACUUGGCAAGAGAGACGCCAACCAACACGUUGCGGACGAAUAGGAGUAAAACACCUCAACAUUUAGCGGUUGAAGCGCCGCCGCCGAUGGAAGAUCAAGAUUACUAUCCGAAACCUAAAUACCGACCAAGACAUCGAAAUUCCAACCAGAACAAACGAUUAGAGGUGAUGGCGCCCAGUCCUCGGAUCAUGUCACCUCUCGGAUUCGCUGUCAACCGACAAUAUCCUCGGAGGUCCAGGUAUAGUGACUAUUACGACGAUUCUGAUGCUUAUGACUUCGACGACAACAACCCGGACCACACGAAGCCCGUACCCAUCUGGCUGUGCGUUCUGCUGGUGGUCAGCUAUAUCAUCAUGGGAGCGUUCCUUUUCAAAAGCUGGGAACAAUGGGAAUUCCCGGAUUCGGCUUACUUUUGCUUUAUCACGCUCACCACCAUCGGGUUCGGUGACUUUGUACCGGCCCAGAGGGUCAUGAACAAAGGCGACGACACCAAGUUACGCAUAUGGUUUUGCUCGCUGUAUCUACUAUUCGGCAUAGCUCUGUUGGCCAUGAGCUUCAACCUAGUCCAAGAGGAAGUCAUUAGCAACGUAAAAGCGGUAGCACGGCAUCUGGGUAUCAUCAAGGACGAAGACGAAGAAGACUCGGACUGAACGCGAAAUUCAAUAUUUAAGUAUAUACCACGAUCGACAUCGAUUAUUAAUAUGCGUCAAAAGUACAUAGAGUAGUAGUUAUUAUUGUUUUUUAAUUUGUAUUUUAUACUUUCCAAACGAAAUAAUAUGUUGCGUAUGUGCAACAACCUAUUUGUGGAAUAAUUAUUGAAUAUAACUAUAUUAUUGAAUAUAACUAUCGGCCUCCGCAUAACUAUGCGGAGGCCGAUGUCGAUAAAUAUGAACAAUUAUAAAUAGUCUGCACUUAUGAAUAUAACUGUAUUAAUCGCGCCAGCAGUCACAAAUUUAUUUUAAUACCUAUUGUAACGAUAUUAAUAUAACGUGGGUGUCUUUAUACGAACGCAGCAUCAGCAAAUAUAAUACACCUACCUACCGUUGACAUUACAUAAUAUUAAAAAUAUUUAUUUUCGUAUUCAUUGGCGUUGUAUGAAGUAGGUAUUCGUAUACUAAAUUGAAUUAUUAAAAUUAAAAAGAGGCACGUAGAGUUCAGCACGAAAAAUACAUACC